GACAGAAUGUGGUCGGUUUUGUGCAAAUGAAGUUUUCAGAUUACCCUUUGCAAGAAGGAAGGGAUGCAGUGUAGAUUAAUAAUAAUAAGAAGGCAUGGUAAUUAGGAAAUACAACGAAAGGAAAAGGAAAUGCCCCAGUAGCAAUCGGAUAAUAAUAUACGGAAUAGCUCACUUUUGGAAAACAGAGACUUGCUGUUGAGGGAUGUCAACACAGAUGAAACAAGCCGAGUUUUGUGCCGGUCCAAGCCCUGAAUCCACUAUGAUCACCGAGCCUCCACAGAAGAGACAGAGGACAGUUGAAGACUUCAAUCAAUUCUGCACUUUUGUGCUGGCAUAUGCAGGGUAUAUCCCGUACCCUAAGGAGCAGGAGCCUUGGCCUCGCAGGAGUCUGAUUCCUCGGCGCAGCACGGGCAGCAUGCUUGACAGUGACAGCUGGGUGUCCUCCCACUCCUCUGACUCCCACACAGCCGACCGUUAUGACAAGUGCCCCAAGGAGAGGGCAGGGGGCCCCAAGCGAGCCCGUUCCGAUGGCGUCCUCCCCAGACUGCCUGAAGCCAUCUGCAGGAGCCUUGCCGGCGUGGAGAAGGGCAAGAGGAAGAAACAGUCUGGCAAGACCGUGCCCGGUGAGAAGAAACAGAGAAGGAGGACUGCUGAGGGAGGCAAGAGGACCAACCUGGGCAAGGUGCUGCCCACCACACCCACCCCCCCUCGCCUGGAGAGUGGGGCAGGUAUCGGCGUUCAGCUGCUGGGGAGAGCAGAGGAACAGCAGGAGGCUGGGGUGUGGGGGCCAGCAGGAACACUGCUUAGCAGCACCAGGGUGCCUGGCCAAGAAAGCUUUGUAGAGCCCCUUCCCCAACAGGCAGAGCCAAAGCGAGAGUGGAUACCCCUACCCCUCGGCAAUCACAAAGGAACACAGGUGGUGACUGAACGCCCUGUUGUGAAGGAGGAGAGGCUACAGAUGAAGGAAGAAGGGCAGCACUGGUAUAACGUGGGCUGGGCAGAUAAGAACAUUAUGGACUGGGAAAGCAACUGGGAGAGUGAGAACAAAAAAACGGGGAACCACCACCACCACCGAGAGGAGGACAAUAUUGACCAGGAGAGUGUGGACUCUAAAGCCCUGGAGUGCAAGGAAGUGAAAGGGCAGAAGAACAAAGACAACAUGGACCAGCAGAGCACAGACGUUAAAGAACGCAAGAAUAAGGACAACACAAACCACAAAAAAAAAGAAAAGAACUGCAGUGACCAGGCUGAAGAAAACAAGCACAAUACUGACCAGAGAGACAAAGAAAACAGCAGAAGCAGGAUGCAGGAUAAGCUGCUCAUUGACCAGUGUAAUAAGUGCAGUGAUAUUGAUCAGGCUGAUAUGAGCAACACUGACCACAAAAGCAAGGCCAGUAUUGACCAGAUGAAAGGCAACAACGCUGAGCUGGCGAGCAUUGAGAGUACUGUUUCCCAAGAGGAUAAGGACAUUCUGAAUCUCUUGAACGAGGACAGCGUGGACAGGAAAGGUAAGGACAACUCUGUCCAAGAUGAGGAAGAUAGCCAUAUCGACCAGGAGACGGGCUACCAUACUGACCGAGAGAACAGCGAUAUAGACCAGGAGGACAAGGCUAGGGAGGACAGCGUCACGGACUGCUCAUCUUUUUGCACAGAGAACAUGUCUGCAGAAAACAGCAGAAUGGAAGAGGACGACUCGUGGGACCUGAUCACUUGUUUCUGCAUGAAGCCCUUCGCGGGACGCCCCAUGAUCGAGUGCAACGAGUGCGGCACCUGGAUCCACCUCUCCUGCGCCAAGAUCCGCAAGUCCAACGUGCCCGAGGUCUUCAUCUGCCAGAGGUGCCGGGACUCCAAACAGGACAUUCGCAGGUCCAACCGGGCCAGAACCGUGUCCCGCAAGCGCUUGCGCGAGUAGAGGAGUGAACACGGGGCCGGAACAGGGAACGGACAAAUAAAUUGGACUACAAUGAGGCACAUUCUACUGGGAGGACUCCACAGAGGUUCACUUCACUUUGACCUGCACUACAGCACUACACACUGUACAUACUGCAGAUGGGGGGGGGGUUCAGAAACAGACAAUUCCAGAGGUGAAGGGAACACAGGCUCAAAAAAUACUUUAAUUAUUCAGAAGCUGGUAAAGUGGUAUUACCAGGUUCCAGACACACAGGCACACCCAAACACACACAUGUGCGCACACACACCCUGUUGUGGGGUUUACUGCUAUACCUUACCCUAUUCGAAGACAAUCAAGCAAGAAACGACCAAACCAAUGCGAGAACAGCACAGCACAGCACAAGCAGCCCGUCUUCACUUUGUUAGGCAAAGGGACUGGAGCUGCUCUUCUUAGAUACAGACUCUUUGAGAUUAGAUAUAGAAACAAACACUGCACACUUCAAUAUCUGUAUCGUCAUGCUGUGUAAGGCUGCUGACUGUGAGAACGACACUUAUUUGCAUCCUUCAUAUUUCUUGAUGCCUUGGAUGAAGGCAGCUCUCAGCACCACAGCAGCCCUGGACACUUUACAUUGUGAGCGCUCUUGGUUUUUAUUGACUUGGUGAUUGAGCUACAUGCGAUCACACAAUUGCAUUAACUAACUACAACCUUCAUUUAAUAGCAUUACAAGUUAAUAGCAAUAUUCCUCCUGUUUGUGGAAUCUGCAAAGGGGAUUGCAGUGUACUUGGCUGCAGUGUACUUCAGUGUGUUUGUUGGUGAAAGGAAGUGUGUGUGUACCAUGCCCAUAGCCUGGUUCUUAAGUGCUUUCCCGUUUCCACUCCUGGCAGUGCCCAGGGUCCACACUCUAGGUAUCCCUGUGAAUUCCAGAGGCUUGACCAGAAUGGAUGUGCAUUACACCUCUGUGCCUUCCUCACACUCCUGAUCAAGCCCCACACCGGUAGCAUGUUUAGUGGUUACCGUCUGUGAGAGUGAUCCCGCUGUUUGUCGAGAGACACAGCCUGUGCACGUCUAACCACAGAGUGCUUUAUACUUCAUGCUUUCAAAAAGUGGGCAUGGGUGAGAACAACGUUGAGAAAAAAAAAUUAAAUUACAAGAGCUCUGGUAGAGAAACAUUUUAAAUGUGUGUGUUUUUUUUCUUGGUUUU